AUGACUAUCCACGACCCCUUUAUUCCAAACACGGCUAUAAACAACCUAACAUCGACUAGUCCAACACACCGGCUCAACCCAAUUGACCGUAUCAGGGCCAACGGAAUGGGCGACUAUAUUUCUCUUCCUCAACUCGUGGUUUGUGGUGAUCAGUCUGCAGGAAAGAGCUCGGUUCUAGAAGGAAUUACUGGAAUACCUUUCCCGCGACAAGAUGCCGCGACUAAGUUACAGCUCCAUGGCACUGGAAGCAUUACUGAUGGCCCAGCCUUUGCUGCCGACGUGUUGCGUAUCGAGGUCGUUGGGGACACGGGACUUUACUUAACGGUAGUUGACCUCCCUAACCACAUCUCGGUAGCGAACGAGGAACAAACUGAGGCCGACAUCGAAAUGGUUUACAGCCUUGUUAAUACAUACCUGGAAAGCAGUCGGACUAUCAUUUUAGCUGUUAUUCAAGCAAACAAAGAUAUCGCCAAUCAAGGUAUCAUCCAUCGAGCACGCCGGCAUGAUUGGGACGAGAAGCGUAUUGUGGGAAUUAUCACGAUGCCAGAUUUAAUUAAUCGCGGUAUCGAGGGACGCAUUGCUCUCCUAGCUAGAAAUCAAGACACUACGAAGCUGAAGCUUAGUUGGAAAGCGGUAUCACACUUGCAGAUCGCAAACGCCUCGAUUAGGUACACGAUCCUCGAUUCAGAGCCGGAAUCUAAGCGUAGACAGUUAAAUGUUAGCAAAGAGUACGAUAGAUGGAUCAAAGAGGUGGUCGCAGACGAAGAACGUAAAAAGCUUCUCAGUAACGAGAAGUGCCAACCGAUCACGUAUAACUAUUAUUAUACGAACAAUAUCCAGAAAGCAAGACAAGAGCCGCUAAAAACCUCUAUCGGCACAUCCAUUAAGUCUAUCAUGGAAGAGGACUGGAAUAGGAAAUUUCAUAUCAGCAAUACCUCUAUAGAUGCUGAAAAGCUUCUAGCCGCAAUGCAAAAGCGCGUCGUUGUCACCAUGGAUAAACAAGCUUUCGCCGAGGCUGCCGCAGAACUUGCUAGGUAUUAUAAGGUGGUAUUGAAGACUUUCGUCGACAAUAUCUGCCGGCAGGUCUUUGAGCGACACGUAAUUGCUGAGCUUCCUAAUGUGUUCUCUCCGGCUACAGUCAUAGGGUUCGGUAAUGGCGAUCUUGUGCGUAUCGCUUCUGAACAGCCUUGUCAGACAGAACGCCGGGCGAAGCUGAAAAGGCUUGUAGAGGGUUUGAGAGAAAGUCUUAAGGAGUUGGGGAGAUAG